UAUGAGGCGCCGUUUGUGCCAUAAAUAUAUUUAUAAAAAUAAUGGGGAUAUACAGAAAUGAAAGCAAUAUAUAAUAUAAAUCUCAUUAAACUAUUAAAAUAUAUCACACAUUUCAUAUUAUAUAUCAAUGCCGAAAAGAAAUAAUUCACAUCGCAUUUUUAUCCCUAUCCGCUUUUAUUUCCAUCACCGCAGUUUAAAAAUAUCCAUCAAAUAGCGUGUGCCAAAAUGUAAUGUUGGUUGCGGUCGGUAGCCGCAGUUUCUAUAUUCAGCGGCGCGAUGUGGUUCGCGCAAUCAGCUGUUGGUUGUCUUGAUGAUUUUUGCGUUUUGUUUUCGUCAACCAUAGUAAGGCAGUAACAGGUGAAAAAAGUGCAACAUUUAAUUAAUUCGCAAUCCUUAGACAUUCAGACUGGAAACAGAUCAUUCGCAAGUCAACGACAGGUUCCUAUUGACAAUGGGUAGUGGAGCUGAAAUAAAAGAUUUGUUGACGGAGAUACUAACAAGCUCAGAAUUCUGUAAUGUGAUCAAUAAUGCUCUUUCAAGUCGUUUGACCACCACUCCUGCAAUUAGUCCUACUGUUCAAGUGCCGACACUGCCUGGACGAAAUACUUCCGAAACACCACCAUCGUCAAGAAUGUCCAUGAUAUCCUCGAGAAUUCACGAAAUGUUCCCCAGUAUUCCGAGGGCACGACAUAGUAGAAGCCAAAGUCGAAAUUCAUCUCGUGGGUUGACUCCUUUUGAAAAAGAAGUCUUCCUUAUAAAGAGAAAAUCUUGUGAAGAAACACUCAAACGAAAUGAAAAAUUUGAUGCUUUCAAAGACGGUUAUGCUAAACCAGCUGUCAAACUGUACACUCAGUGGAAGGUUGGUGAAAUCAAACAACAUCUGAGAGAAGUUUUUCAAAGUGUUCUCACCAACACUGACUUUGAUUUCCUCAUGCCAGUUAGUGGCUAUUUGUCAAAAAUAGACAUGGAAGAUUUAAAUGGGGCUCGAUUAAAAGCUCUACUUCGUCAAAAACCGCUGUAUUUGCGACCUCACGUUGAUCUUGUACAAGACGACAAUGAUGAAGGGACAUUUGAAGAAACGGAUUAUACAAUGAAUGACCUUGAGGAGUUUCCAGACAUAAGAUCAUUAGAUGACCAUACACAGAAUGUGAAUAGUUUCACACUAGAAUUACAGGCAUUACAUAAUAAAAUCACAGAGAGUGUCACAUAUUUUAAUGUGAACAGAGAGGACAUCUUCUUAACAUGCAAGCUUGCCCUACAAAGAAAAAGCUUUAAUCCUUUCAACCGACUGUCUGUCAAUUUUGUCGAUUCUGACGAGAACACAGAAGGCGCAAUUGAUGGUGGGGGUCCUAGCGCUGAAAUGUUUAGAUUAUGUAUGUCAUAUUUCCUCACAAGUUGCUUGUUUGACGGCAAUAAUGAGUCAAAAAAUUUGACAUAUUGCAUAGAACAGCUACAGGCAAAUAAUUAUUACUACUGUGGGCAAAUAAUAGGCAUGUCAAUACUACAUGGUUUUGGUGGACCCAACUUUAUAUCUCAAGCAUUGUUUGAUUUUUUAUUGUAUGGAAUUGAUGGAAUGGCCCCUAAUAUAGAUGAUGUGCCUGAAGGGACAUUGAAAACAAUUUUACAUACAAUGCACGACUGUAAUGAUGUUGUUGAUCUGCAAAAUAUUAUUUUGGAUGAGGAUAUGAUUUCCAUAUCCGGAUGGUCAUUCAUAAGCGACAUAACAGAAAAGGAAAAGCUUAUUGCAGAUGUCUGUAAAUUUCAUGUGGCUCUCAGAGUACGACCUGCACUGGAACAAUUUGAAAGUGGCUUGAAGUCCUGUGAAAUUCACCAUUUGAUAAAUAAAUAUCCCUCUGAUAUGAAAUCUCUUUUUUGUUUUACCGCAACCAAAUUAACAUUUAGCAAGAUGAAGGAACUAUUUUCCCCUGUGUUAAAUCCACAAGGAAGUAAUUUACGUUCGAUAGAAAACAGAGUUCUAGGGAAUUAUUACAAUUUUGUAGCAGAUUGUGAAGCGGACGAUUUAGAAGUCUCCCUUCAAGACAUACUUAUCUUUACGACCGGAUGCAGGACCAUACCUCCGUUAGGAUUUAAACAAACUCCCACAAUUGAAUUUCUCCAUAACACCACCAAAAUAUACCCUGAAGCAAGCACCUGUGCCUUAGUUUUGAAAUUGCCUGUUAUACAUACAAAUUACGAUGCAUUUAAAGAUAAUAUGAUAUUUGGUAUUGGAAAUGGCGCAGUGUUUGGUUUACAGUAAUUAUUUUAAGCAUAUAGAAGUUGGAUUUUAUUCUUAACGCAUGGUGCAAUAUUUUGGAAUAUCGUGUAGUUUUGAUUUGCAAUAUUGAUUUAAAAUAUACAGAAUUUGUUUUUUA